CUCAACGUCCUCCUACUCUUGUGGCCAAGAAUGUAUGUUCCCACUUACCUUUACAGACGUCGGCAUUGGAUGAGCUUACCUAUCUAUAAAUACAGUCUUUGCAAAACAAUUACACACAUUCAUAAGCAAUUAGUUGUAAGAUCUGCUGGAAUUUCAGUUAAUUGUGCCCACUAUUAAUUAUUCCAAGUACAAACACAAAUCAUGGAUACUUCGAAAAUAGCCCACCAAGUUGGUCAAGCUCAGGGCCAAGCCCAGGAAAAGGGUAGUCAAUUGAUGGAGAAGACUGGUAAUGUUGUGCAGUCUACCAAGGAAACAAUGCAACAGAUGGUGCCGCAAGCAAAGGAAAACUACCACGCUGGCAAAGCCCAGGGCCAAGCCGAGGUCUGCAUUGCUAUGCGAUUUCGGGUCAUUUGCACCUUUUCCCGUAUUUUGUGCUGGUUUUUAAUAUUUGACGCUCAAGGCAAACAACUUUUUUGGGGGCAUAGGAACAAAUACAAGAACAAGGAAUAAAAGAGUCCAAGGUAUCUAAUUCAUCCCACAAACGUUUGAUUUUGGUGAAGUAAGCUGCAAUAUCAGAUGAACCUUGCACAAGGUCACUAAGUUCUUUUUGAAGUUGGUAUAAUCUAGCUCCAGAACUUUGUCCAAAUCUGGCUUCAAGUUCAGCCCAGAUAUCUUUAGUAGUGUGAUAAUAUAGGACACUUUCAGAUAUGUCCCUUGAGAGUGAAUUUAAUAACCAAGAAAUAACCAUAUUGUUGGAUCUAGACCAUGAAGCAUGAAGAUCAGAUCCAACAGUAGGUUCAGCAGUAGUUCCAUCAAUGAAACCUGCUUUAUUCUUAGCAGUGAGGGCAAUCCACAUAGCCCUUUUCCACCCCCCAAAGCUUUUUCCAUCGAAAACAGUAUUAACAAGUAAGGCACCAGGUGAAUCAGAUGGUGCUAUGUAAAGAAGAUGAGAUGAAUUAAUGGUUUCAGUAACAGAAGUAUUCCCAACUGCAGGAGUAACAUGAGUCUCAAGAGUUGAUUCAACCAUUUUUCAAAGAAAAAUUGAACGGAAGACAAGAUUAAAAAAAACAAAAAAAAAAAAAAAACAAAAGAGAGUGAUCUUAAUCACUGCUCCGAUACCAUAAAGGAAAAGGAAAGACAAAAGCUAUUUUUGAUCCGAAUUUUUUCUGUCUUUUCCUCAUUGUCACUGCACAUGUAUAUAUAUGAAAGAAAAGAAUGCUACUCCUAAAAUUUACAAUGUAAAUAAAUACAGGAAAAGUAGGCAUGACUCCACUUUUCAAUUGUGUGUGGAAUAAAGUUAAAGUUGUCGAGCAUGUGUGUGGAACAGAGUUAAAGUUGUCCAGCAUUUUCUCCUUCUCUUCUUUCUAGGAAAUUCCAUGUGGGGGGCAUGACUCCACUUUCCAACUGUCAGCUUCCUCCUUCUCUUCUUUCUUUUCAUUUUUAUUUCCAUUAAAGUUUCCCUUCUUGUAUUUGAGCACUUGCAGUAUAUAUAUGAUCCAACAUCACUUGGAGACGGUUUCUUAGCACAAGUCGAGGGACUAAAGAAAAGUUUGAUUCACAUAAAUGAACAAUUUACCAGAAGAUGUAAAUGAAACUUAAUUACGGCACAUCGUCAAAUGAAAUGUAGAUAUGAAGUGUCAAAUGAGUUUUGCAUUCCAUUUUAUUAAAUAUGACAAUUAACUGAUAUUGUACACCAACAUUGAAGAUUUGGCGUAAUAUCCAUGAAGUAGUAGCAACAACACAGAGAAAAGGACCAAAAUCAUACAUUAUGUUUGAGUUUGGAUCAAAAUCAUACAUAUUUUUUCACAUGGAGCACUAAUAGUACGUUAAAUUUCUAAAAAAAUAUUUGGGAGUUUGACUAAAAGUGCACCACUUAUACAAACAUAAUGUACUAUUAGUGUUUCAUGUGAAAGAAUAUGUAUGAUUUUGAUCCAAACCCAAACAUAAUGUAUGAUUUUGGUCAUUUUCUCCAACAACACAUGUCCUGAUAAUCUUUGUUUAGAUGAGAGCACAAUUACUUUUCCAUUCAGAUAGCACAUAAUUUUAGAUUUCAACCAAUAACUGCAUUUGUGAUUUACCAAACGUAUUUGUGUCGUCCUUUGACAUAGGCUUCAGUUUCCUAAUGACGCAAUCACAAGAAACUUUUUACCAUACAAAAUUAUAAUAUUAUUAUACAACUUAUCUUGGUAGUAUCAAGUUCCUAAGCUCUAGAAUCUCCAGCUUCAGCUGUAAGCCAGUCACUAAUUAUAUCAACAACAAUUAUUUUUGGCGAAACAAAAUUCAUAUAUUUUUCUCAUGGUUCUGCGAUUUGUUUAUAUAAGUCUACGUUUUCGUUUACCUUCCUGUUUUAUACCUCCAAAUAACACUCUCUAACACUAUUGGACUAAGCUACAAAUAAAGUUGGUUCUCCCAAACACGCUUAAGGUCCACUGCUAAAUUUUGCUAUGCUUGUAAAGACGAACAAGUUACAAACUAAGUGCUUACCGUAAGUUGCUUGGAUGCUUCUAUAUCAAUAAUAAUGUCAUCAAAAUCAUCACAACUCGGUAAUCGGAUCUGUCAAAAAAGCAUUAAAGAACAAUAAUUAUGCUUAAAGUUACAAAAUACAAAGUGCUAAGUCCAUAAAUUUAUAAGGUAAAAGUUUUUGGACAAACUAUCACUUACCUUUAGGGGUAGUGCUAACUUUGUCAUUCAAUAUAAUGUUGAGCACUAUUAGUCCCUUUAAGUUUGUAAAGCUUGAACACAUUUAAUCUAAGUAAUGAAAAAUACCCACAUCCUUUAAAACUAACAGUGAUAUAACACAUACAGUAAAACUUAGAAAAAGAAAAUUCAGAUUCUUAUAAAUGCAUUCGCCCCUAAAUUUAUUUUGGCUCUUUCCGGUUCACUUUUUCCAUCAAUAUUACAGCAGUGUGUGACCUUCUUCUUAUUCUCUCUCUUUUUUUUUUUUUUUUUUUUUUUUUUUUUGUCUUU